AUUUUCCUGCCAUUGGUGAAGGUUGAGACACUUCUUGGACUGUAGGGACAUCUGCAGCUCUACUGAGCAAACUUUCCCAGUACUGUCGCCUGGGUUCGACUCACGAUUGCUGCCGCGGUCUAGCUUCCUCAGCAUCUCCCUCAUGAUGGCAGAACCUGAGAAUUUCGAGGAGGAUCUCUUCGCCGACCUCUACGAUGAUAACGACACUGCAGCGACACCCGCAGCUUCGAAGCCGGAGCCGUCAUCUGAGCCUCAUGCACCCGCCGCCCCCGUGCCCGAGUACAACCCCGACGAGUCGGCCCAUGCUGCUGCCGAGCAAAACGGCUAUGGAGAGGAGUAUCAUGAAGAUACUUAUGAGGAUGAUGACGAUGUCAACUUCAACCUGGGCAAUACUGCGUCGAAUAACGAUGCAAACUCCCACUCGCAACAAGACGUAUCUACUCCGACAUACCACAGUCACAGUGGCCGAGGCUCUAGUGCCAAAGAAGACGGGUAAGUAAAUUUGCUUCAAGUUUCCCCCCGCGUAUCGUACUUGCACGCAGCCAUCAAUCAUAUCGGCCCCGCGCCCCAUUUGCAUUCAUUGCGAUGGAAGGGGGUCAUCUCUGGAAAGUUGGGUGUUAUCAUUGCAUUUGG